CCAUAUUGAGCGAAUGUUGAUUGAAUGCAAUUCAGGUGUUUACGCGGUUUCGAGAAAAACCCGUGGGAAUACACAUCAGUUGUCGCGUAGCCGGAUUCACGUAUCGGCGAGCGACAGGUACGGCACGACAGCGGUAUCGUUUGGACGACAGAAUGAGUGGCAGCAAAGGCGAGAGCGAUCAGUGCAACAGGAUAAGAGAAAGCAACGUAGUAGCGAUGAUGGGUGAUGUUCUCGUUGAGAAGAAUACUUGCUGCGGUGUACACGUCCACGCUGAGGACGAAUUCACGCAACAGGAGAACGAACGGACUGUUAAUUGCACGGAGGAUGCUGUUGGGUCUCCCGUUGUUGCGGACUCUGUUCCUGCCGCGAGUGUGACAAUCGACGAAAGCGUGGUCGAGCAGUUUAUGAAGGGCGCCAGGGCUCCCAACAGCGUGGAACCGAACGCGAUGCAAACGAGGACCGAGACGCUCAUUGAAAAUCCAAGCACCGCUGCGAACGUGGACAACCCAUUCAGGGGUGAGGAAAUGUGCUCGUCGGAUUUAUGCAAAGCGAAAAGGGAACUACUUAGAGAAGAGUUGCAGAAAGCCAUGAAGUUCCAGAACCUAUGGACAGAGUUACGUCAACAUAUAAGGGAUUCGUUUAACGUUGCCUUAGAAGCUUCUCGCAUUCCCGGAGGCUUGCAAUUCCAUCAGACGCCAUUUUCAGCAGACGACACGCACAAAAUUGUACUGCAACUGUAUAAAAGGAAUCCUCAUCAGUUAUUCAUAAAGCUAGUAAGCCUGGCACAGGAGUUUGUUGUAGAAGUAAAAGUUCGAUUAUUAGCUCUUCUACAUGAUCUUAGUGUAAAUAAUUUAGCAGAAAUUUUUCUUAUAGGUCUUUUAGAUGAUUAUGAUGCAUUGAUAACAACAGCUGUAAAGAUUUCUGAAUUUGUGAAGCUCUUAAAAGAUCAUUUGGGCAAGUUCAACUACGAGUUUCCUUUGCCUUGGGCUGCUUUUAUUAAAAAGUUAUAUCAGAUUUAUAUAUAUGAUGACCCAUUCAUACAGAACAAUUUGCCUCCUUUCAUUGGCCAGAUUUUACAGUUAAGGAAACUUUUGCCUUUGAAAGGCUCGGAAUAUCAACGGCUCGUUCAUCGGUAUUUGUGGUUUGAUAAGGAAAUGACGGUAAUUAGAGAUUUAUGGGUGGAAACCGAGUCGUGGAUGGACAAGUACAAUGUAGAACAAGCAUAUCGAAUGAUCCACUUUAGGCAAGUAAGGGAAGUGUUCACAGCAACUAGAAAACUUGUGGAACCGCGUGUAUUAAAUAAAUCAUCUGCUGUUGCAAAUGAAUUACAAGAAGCGGAUGGACAACUUUCGACAUUUACGUCGCAAGAAAAAGUUGGCAUGUCAGAAGUGGAUAGUAGGCCUUUAAGCCCCACACCGGAUUUAAGUUUAGACUCGCCCAAUAUGCUUCCAAGUAUCGAAAUUUUGCAAAUUUUAUUGGACGACUGGAGCAAGAUUAUGAAAUCUCUUCGUCAGAAAUUAUCUGAUGUGGCAGGUACGCAACCUUCCACGGAUAUUUAUGCUAAUGGACAGGAAGAUUUCUUUGACUAUGCGUGCGCGACUUGCCACUUAGUACAAUCUGCAAUUAGAUCAGUCAGGGCGCAUAUUGAAGGAACUUGUUUAGAGAAUAAUAUAGACGAAGGGAAAAGCUGUGAAUGUCAUAUGUGUAUAGGACCUGCAAUAUCUUCUACUGUUAAUAAAAGCGACGCAGAAAAUAUGCUGUUACCGUUAGAAAAUCCUUUCCCGCAACUAACAAAUGGCUUCUUAGAAGACACGGCUAAUUUCUCGGCAACGCAGGUGAAGAAAAAGAUUGAGAAUCUAGAAAUAAAGGAGAUAAAAAGUGACGACAACGAAGUGAGAAAUGCAAACGAAGAUGUGGAUUUAAGGACGUCUGAUGCUCAGCCUUGUUCAUGUGUAUAUCAGCAUGUGAGGGAAAUAACUGAAAGAAAAAUGGUAUUAGAAAACCCACCUUGUUUGUGUUUACUGAAUUCCAAACGCAAGAUAUGGGAUACCUGUCCCUGUCUAACAAAAUCUGUAUUUGAACCCAUUGUACCGAAUGGCCAUCCGAAGCCACCGUCGCCUUCUACCGUGAAGGUUAAUCAAGAACCAAAUAAACCUGCAGUAAAAACUGGUUCUAUGCAGUCUGCUCAAACACAAACGAGACAUUCUACAACGCAGACACCGAACACCGCUCAUAAUCAUACACCGCAUCAAGGUACCACUCAUUCACACUCUCAUGGGCCUCUUCCAGAUUUGGUAAAAAACACGGGUUCUACUCAUAGAUCUCAUACACAUAGCAAUCAUUCGUCGCAUGCCUGUCACAAGCAGGCUAAUGUCGAGCACAUUAAGAGAGUUUCAUGUAACGACUUAAGUUCCGGGGAUGGAGAUUGUUCGGAUUCCGGAAGUAGUCAAGAGGAUUCUUGUUCCACGAGUAGUUCUGCGCAAAGAGAUUCGAGCAGACAUUGCGACUGUUGUUAUUGUGAAGUGUUUGGCCAUGGAGUUCCUUCGGUAGCACCAGUUAGUAGAAAUUAUAAUGAAAUGAGAGAACGGUUACGGCAAUUGCUAACCAAGAAAAAAGCUAGAAAAUGUAAAGCCACGUGUAGUCCUUCGAAAAGUCCGUCAGAGUCGGUAGUAUCUGAUACGAGUACAGAAAUGAAGGCAGUGACGAGUUCCGCGCCAAGAUUGAACACUCCAAUUUCAACUGCCCCUGGAAUACAAUCAGAUCAACGAGAUCAGAGAGAUCUGGAAGAACUGCUUGAAUUCAUCGAGGGCAAUCAAAAUGGAAAGAAAGAUAACAACAAAAAGGCCGAAAAGAAAGCUAGGCAGAAACAACGGAAGUUGGAAGAAAAGCUUAAAAGAGAUAGACAAGAGGCUGAAAAGCAGAAACUAAUAGAAUUACAAAAAAAGACACCGGAAGUGACGAUUACCGUCGUAGAUCCUCAGAAACCUGUUCCUCAAAGAUUAUUACCUCAGUGUAACCUACCCGAAGUAUCUAUUUUACCUACUUCACCUCCAGUAGCAUCACCGACUGUAAAGCAAUUAAAUAAUAAAAAGAAAGACAAGCAAGAAGUCUGUAGCAAUAGUAGUAAUACUAGUAGCAGUAGCUGUAGCAGCAGCAGUAGUAGUAGUAGUACCAGUAGUAUAAAUAGCAAAACAAAGACUGCACCUGUGAAUACCAAUGUAAAGAGUAAAAACGUUAGUAAAGCCGAUAAAACAAUGGCCUCUAGCCAAACGAAUAAUAAAACGGCGAUCAAAAGUGAUAAACCUGAAACUAGUAAUAAGAUUAACAAAAUACAGAUAACUAGUAGCAAUAGCACAAACACGAAAACUAAUAUUACGGAGAAAUCACUGACCGUCGAUUUGGAUGAUAAAAAAUUGACGAAGAAAGAGAGGAAGAAGUUGAAAAAGAAAAUGAAAAAAAUGGAAGAGGUGAAGGCAAAAGAGGAGACAAAGAAACCGAUUCAGACAGAGACUCAACCUCAGAUUGUAACGAUUAAGAGAGUCAUGGAAUCUAACAGCGCAGAACCAACAGUCACGAUUACAUUGAAGGGUCAAACACCAGCUGAAGAUAAAGUUUUAUUCACAUUAGUGAAUGGUCAGACGAAAGAAGUCGCCAGCUUGAAACUGGAGAACGAACAAAAUCAGAAUGUCAACGGGAAGAAGAAGAAAACAAAAGCAAAUAACAAUAAUAGCAACAACAAUAACAACACUAAUCAUAAUAAUAAUAAUUCGUUGCAACAAGGAAACAAACAGCAGCAAAUGAACAAUUCGAAACAACAGACACAGAACAAAAUUUGCGAUAGCAAGAGUAACACGAAACAACAGUCGAACAAUGAAAAGAGCAAAGGAAAACAAGUAGAUGAGAAAAAGGUUCAACAACAGAGUGUUACUGAAACAAAAACGAAAUCCAAAAAAGAUAAGAAAAAUACAGAGAAUAAGGAGAACGUACUGCAACAGAACGUUGUAAAUAAGAGUAAAAAUCAAUCGCAGAAUGUAACUGGAAAGAAGCAGAAUAAAGUCAAUAUUCCAUCUCACACUUCAGUUUCACAAAAGCCAACGCAGAAUUUGAAUAUCAGCAGUGACAACAAGAAGACAAAAAUACAAUUGCAAGGCAAAAGUGGGCAGUUGAGUUCCACCAAAAGCAAUAAAAAUACACCUACUACUAUCACUAUUAAACAGAUGAAGAGCGAUAACCAAAAAGUUCAAAAUAAAGUGAUAAACCAAACAACUAUCAAGCAGCGACCGGAGAUACAAUCGGCAUCCACGGAAAGGGUUAACUCGCCUCUGAGCAGUCAAUUUAAAGACAUUGGCGCGAAUUCGAAGAUCAACAUAGAAAAUUUAAAAUUACCGCCCGGUAUUACGAUAACAAAAGUCGACGCUCCUGCGAAACCCUUGCCAAUAAGAUCAGCACCAUUGCCUAAACCAGUAAAUCCGCCUAAACAAACUACGAUAAUCGCUGCGCCGAUGAGCGGCGUUCAGUCUAGUUACGCGAGUUCUCAAGCCGGUGGUAACGUAAUCGUGGUGGAUACCGGGAAAUUGAAGCAGGAUCUUCUACCCAAAUCCGCGGAAAAAGAUAUGUCUAAAGAAACGCAACAAAGUCAAAGUACUAGCAGCAAAAAAAAGAAAAAGAAAAACAAAAAUGCAUCGAGUUCUGGCAACACAUCAAACCAAUCAACGGUACAAAAUAGCGAUCCUUUCAUGAACGAUCAUUCGGACGAACCUGCGAGAAUACUUCACAAUCCGAAUACCAACAUGGUUACCAUAAGAAACCCAGCAUUUGGUCCGAUGAAAGUACCACCUACCCAACAGGCGGCCAUUAUAAAAGUAUCAGAGAACGGUAUGGUCACAAUCAGGAGUCCCGCGUUGCAACAAGCGAUCAACGCUGGUCUAACGUCGCCUCCAAAACCGGAUUACAUCGUGAAAGGUGAUCUGUCGUCAAAAGCGUCGACGGAAAAUACAAAUCUGAAACAUGCUAACGGUAUCAUUCCGUCGAGUUUGGCGGAACUGAGAAGUAGACUGACACCGGACUGCACGACUCUAAACGGUUUGGCUAACAUACAGAUCAGCAAAGUGACGAAUGGUCAGCCUAUACCAGAGAAUGGAAUCAACUUAAAAGGGACUAGCGUGACCUUGACGAAAGUGAGGACGGAGCCUAGCAUGGAGGACGUACAAAACGCAAAAACGGCGGUCCGAGAAGCGAUAAACGCCUCGAUAGCGGUGUCAUCCAACGGCAAGAGCAAGAAAAAGAAAAAGCGUGGAACCGGCGCAAGACAAUGCGGAGAUGACUGGAACCUCGUUGAGAGCGUAUUCACGCCCAAAGAUAUAGACCUUGAGGAUGGAGAAAUGGAUGAUGCGGAGCGGGAGCUAGAGGCGUUCAAGAGGUUUUGUCUCCAAUCGGUGCCGCCACCGCGCAAAGAGAAGGUCAAUCUCAACAUCAAGGAUAUCGUGCUAAAGAAGAAAUCAUCCUCAUCGUCAUCGGCGGCUGCCACUGUGAUCGCCGCGAAUUGAUUUCUCUUUCAACUAACAUUAGUCGCCCCCUACCACUUCUACUACUACUACUGCUACUAUUACUACUAUUAUCACUACUACUACUAUCACCAUCACCACCACCAUCACAAUUGCUGCUACUAUGCUCGCGCAAGCGCGUGUGUUGGCUUGACGCAGAAUUAAUAGGAAUUUUUGAAGCCAAGGAAUUAUUUUAUUUUUUAAAGGAGACACACUAUCAUAGAUCAGACAAUAAUAUAUUAUUGAUAUAAUACAAUCUAUGUUGUUAAAUUGUCUGGUGAUUAUUUUAUCCAAGAAUGUAUUAUUUCCAUGCGGGAAACGUUCUGCGUGAGGGGUGUUUCGAUUACGUGGUGCGGUUAAUUUCAAUUUGCCGGUACGUAGAUCGUCAUUGCACACGCGCGGAGUGUCGCUGUUUUUCGGGCGAAAUUCGAUCUUGAGGAUCGUGAUCCAACUAUGAGAAACAAGCAAGGAAGAGCACGUAUGUACGAUGCCCUUUCGUGCAAUUAGUCGUUAAGGGAAUUCUGCUAUUUUUGCAUCGAGCCAAUCACCGACCGAACGUGUACUGUAAUACUGCCACGGCCGACGCGCGUGAACGCACGACGGACCGGAGAAACUCUUGCCGAUUUCCCGGGUCCCGGCGAUGGGAUUGCGCCUAAUUGUUACGAACGAUUAUCAAACGAGGAACAAGGAUAUGAACAAUACAUGAACAAGGGCAACCACCGUAGAUCGGCAACGUUGUGUAACGAGGAGGAGUAAUAACAUUGUCGAUCGUGUCGUCGUCGUCGUCAUGUCGGCGCCUAGUCGACUUCGUAUUUUUAAUAUAUUAGUAGACGAACAUGUCAAACUCGCGUUUCUCUUCUUCUCCGUGAUCACGAAGAGGCGAACAGCGAAAAAAAUUGACAAAUACGUAGAACGAAUGCAAGCGAGAGAAAGAGUGAAAGAGAGAGAAAGUGGUGAAUGAAAAUGCGUGGCAUUUUUCUCGAGAUCCACAGCGAGCCGUAGAUAUGUAAUAUGUUAUAUAAAUAUAAAGUGUAUAUCUAUGUAUAUGUAUAUCUAUAAAUAUAGUAGGAACGAAUUUCCCCAAGAUGGGGCCGGCAUUGUGUGAAAAACAAAUCGGCCCACGGACACGUAACUGCGAGAACGAUCAUGGCGGCAUGGUUGGUCUCGACGCGAUACCUGCCUGAAAUUUGGGUCGAUUAAUGGGAUCGUUCUAGCCACGUGAGAAGCUAGGAAGGAUCGGUAACGACGUGAGAUGUUUUUCGUCGUAAUAUCGACGAUCGCAUCGCGUCGCCACGAUCGUCAUCGCCGGCUGAAGAGCACAGUUCUCGAUCGGCGAUCUUAUUGUCUGACACAACACCGCAGUACACACGAAGACACCUUUUCUCUUCAGAUCUUUUCGUUUUCUUUUUCUUUUUUUUUUUUUCCAAUAAAAGCAGAUACGCAUUUUUACCAAA